UGAGGAAAAAAGUGACUUUAGAUCCCAACUAAAACCGUGUGAUUGUGGCGUGAGGGCCCCGCACAUGCCCUUUGCCUCGGGCCCUGCGGGGGCUAAGAACAGGCCUGUGCAGCGUAUAUAUAACAUCUAUACAUGCCACAUUUUAUAUUAUGAUAUGAAUAUCUUACACAUAUAUAGUAUCCAUCUUAUCAAAUCAAAUCAAAUCAAAACAAACUUUAUCGUCUGUCGAGGAUACCCAGGACAGAAAUUUUUCUUCGCUCACAAGGGCAGGCAUACAUACACACACAGACAUUUAACACACAGUUAGGAGUAAAGAUACAAGUAGUUUGGAUCUUCGUCAAAUGGUAAUGAAAUUCCAAUACUUAAAAUUUCUGUGUAUAUUAAAUAUAUUAAUUGUGUAUAUAUUAAAUUAUGUGGAGUAAUGUGUCAUGACUGAUUUUAUAAUAUGGGCUGGAUUCCUAAAAUCGGAAAACUGAAUUUUAGGUGUAGAUUGAGCUCUGUAUAUUCUAUGUUCUUGUUCUGCUACUUUUAACAAACAUCGAUAAUCAACACGAACUUAAUAUAGCAUCAUUUGUAGUUCAUUACAGUCUAUACUGUCAUAUAAAAAUCAAGGGUGUAAACACAGUCACAAACUGACCCCUGACUUUAAACCUACUAUAAUUAAAACUGACCCAUGGAUUUAAUAAAUUUAAGUUGCAUUGGUGGAUACACAUUUAAAAUAUUCUAAUCUUCAAAACAAUAGCAGCUAAGUAAAUGUAUAUAAAAAAUAUAAAGAAUGCUACAAGUACCAAUUUUCUCUAGGAAAAAAAUAGUACUGAUAAAGAGCUUAAUGUGAGGGAAAAAAAAUCAUAAGCCUAAUCAAAAUCAAUGGUUUAUUCUAACCGCAGGAUUAAUAAAAUUGGGAACUAAAUUGUAGACUUCUUUCCAAACACCUUUUAACAUUUCCUAGACAGCUACUUUCACCAAGAGAAAAGCUAAUUUGUGCUGACAGCAAACUCAGCAGUACGCAGGGAGCAUUUGGUAUUAGGAUUUUUACAUAGAUGACCUGUGUGUGAUCAGGUAAAUCCCAAUAUUACAAAAGUGUGAUCACACAAGGCUCACUGCGAAGGGCAAAACAACUGCCUACAGUGUCCACAGGAAGUGAUAUAUGAUUGGUGCAGCAUGCAUUACAAAUAGAAUGAAAAAAGUUUUACCAUCUCUUAUCAAUGAGGAUCAUUUUGAGUUUAUCAGUGGAAGAUAUCUUGGGGAUAAUAUCAGACUGAUAUAUGACCUGAUUGAACAUUUAAAUGUAAAUAAACAGCCUGGUUUAAUAAUAUACCUGGACUUUGAAAAGGCCUUCGAUAGAAUUAGUUGGAGUUUUAUGCUUGAUUUUCUACAUUCCUUCGGCUUUAGCCCCCUUUUCUGUAAACGGAUUUUUAUAUAAAUAUCAAAUCAAGUGUAUCAGUGAAUGGCACAUUAUCAGCAUGGUUCCAAAUUAGAAAAAGAUGCUGGCAGGGGACCCCAUCUCAUCUUAUUUAAUCAUUCUGUGCGUAGAAAUUCUAGCUAUUAUGAUCAGGAAAAACAAAUAUAUAAAAGGUAUAAAUCCACAAGUCUGAAAGUAAAAUAGUACAAUAUACAUAUGAUACAGAACUAAUCUUGGAAGAUGACACUGUCUUUUGAAGAAACUAUGAGCACGUUAGAUAUAUUUGGAAAGACAUCCGGAUUAGCACUAAACACAGAAAAAUUAAGUGCAAUAUGGAUGGGGAGCAAAACAAGUUCACCGAUAAAGCUCUUACCACAUUUACAGAUGCAGUGGAAUCCAGAAAAAUUUUUAAUUCUUGGCCUUUAGUUUACAAAUAACCUAAAAGACUGUAUAAAAUUAAACUAUGAUAGCAAGCAUGCUGAAAUUAGAAAGCUGUACAAAAUAUGGUUAAAGAGACAGCUAACUCCAUUAGGGAGAGUAGCAAUACUUAAGUCCUUAAUCUUGUAAAAAUUAGUACACCUGUGGUUACUGCUAUUUAACCCUCCAGAGUAUAUACUAUAAAUGGAAUACAGAAAUUGAUCAUUUGGUUUGUUCGGAAAGGAAAAAAAAAAGAUAAAAUUAACAGAAAAAUAUCCAUUACAAAUAUCUAUGCUGAGGGCAUGGGCAUGCCCGAUGUUAGAACUUAUAUGAAUGCAUUAAAAUUAUCAUGGUCACGUAAAAUAAAGAAAACCCAUCACAGCUGGGAAAAAAUCUUAUGUCCUCACAUAAAAUAAUAUAUUAUUUAGACAAAUCUGGCCCUGCAGUUUGCCACUUUAUAAAUGCAAACAGCUUCUGUACAAAUGUAUUAAAAGCUUACAGGAUAUUUGGAGAGAGUAUAGUUUAGUCCUUGUUACUCCACAAGGAACAUAGGGCUGCUGGAGAGAGUAUAGUGUGUGAAAAACAUGAAGAAAUUUUGUCAGAACCUAUCUUUUGUAAUGACACAAUUACGAUUGCAAAUAAGCCAAUUCUAUAUCGGAAAUAAAAAAAUAAUAUAAAAGAUAUUAAAUUAAAAUGGCUUAAAAUUAAAGUGAUACAUAGAACUCUGGGGAAAAAAAUAAUCUUAUUUCACAUGGGUGAUGAUGUCUGUGGCUUUGGUAGAGAUGAAAAAGUAAAUACUCAGCAUAUAUUUUGGAACUGUAAAUAUGUUAAGGAUUUUUGGUGAAACUUACAAAAUUGUAUAUUAGACAAAUGUACUAAUGCUCCAAAGAUAACUAUCAGAGAAGAUCUUGUCCUUUUUUGGAUGCAGUAAUAACUUUGAGACAAAUGUUGUACUUGAUUUAAUUUUACUGCUUGCAAAAACAUACAUAUAUUUUUGUAGAUUUAGAAAAGCCAUACCCCAGCUAGAAUCCUUUAUUCAAAUAUUGAAACACACAUAUAUACAAUUGAAAAAUUUAAUGCAUGUAAGCAAAAUAAAUGAAGAAAAGUUUGCUAAACAGUGGCUACCACAUAAACAACUUGUUAACUAGACAUAAAUACUAAUUAUAUAUAUUAAAUGAUUUUAUGAUUUCUUAAAACUAUGUCUUGAUAUUUGGUACAUUAUUAGUGUUGUGCCAUUAGCCUAUGGCACAAGGGAUCCUAGGCGCCUGCUGUGAUGUUUGUGCUUGAUUUGUGUGAGAUGUGAAAAGAACACAUACUUUGUUGUGUAAGAUUUUAUAUUGUUGGCUUGUUUGGCAGAUGAAUGUAUUCUCUUAAAAUGACUGUUACCUUAUGUGCAUGUUUGUUUUAUAUUGUAAAACAUUGUAUUUUAUAAGUUGUGUAUCUGUGAGAUAAUAAAUGUUAAAAUAACUUUUCUCUUGCCUUUUUUAAACUUACUGUUUGGCAAUUUAUAACACAACAAUGAUCUUUUUUCGCCUUUGUCUUUACGCUUAUGUGUCUCGGUAAAAACAGCUGAAUGGCUCGCCCCUCCCAAUACGAACAGCGCUGAAUAAUUGACGAAAUACCCUGAAAUCGGCCAGCCAAAAAAAAAUGUAAUCCUGUCAAUGUAGAUUGUUCCACAUGGGCCAUGUAUUUUUCACUGAAAAAAUAUUACGAAAACAGUUUUGCAAUGUUCACAAAUACGAUGCCGUGUGACUGAAAGCAGACAGCCGCGUUGUCUACUCCAAGGGCAAGUCACUCUCGCUGACACUAAUCUUACGAGCUUCGCUGGCAGGAGAUUUCUACAGACUCCUCGCAUUAUGAGAGAACUGCAAGAUUAGUUAUACCACACAUCUCUUUGCCUGUAAACAAUUGCAGGAUAUAUUAUAAAAGACAAGUACACGUUCUCUCGCAUCACGGACGUGUACAAGUUGGUCUCGAACCCAAGUUUCUGUGCGGAAAGUUUGUAAUCGUGCUAUAGGGAAGUAUUAACUCCCGAUGAUGGCGUCGAACCACGAACUGGUAAAUACACGUCCAUGGUCGAACGCAGUGGCUCGGUUUGUUGGACGCAAUUGCUUCCCACGGUGAAAUGUAUUGUGGCCGCAAAGAACAUUGUCAAGACCAAGUAGGGGGAAAGCGUGUUGUCAGAAUCCGUUUUGCUUGGCAUAGUGACAGUGUGUCUAGGUGUCAAGUGUCUGAUCGUCCUCGCUCACGGUGUGGGCUGACUCGCAGAAAACGACGUCUGCAUAUCACGCUGAGAAAAGAAGGAUGUCAGGCAAAUCAAAGCAAAGUGGCUAUUGUGCCACGUGCAGCAUAUGUGGCAGACUACUUAAGAACUCGACAUUAUCACUCCACAAACAGUCAUGUGCCCCACUGUGCAGUCAUAGAUGUGAGCAGUUAAUGAGUGUUACUGCAGCAUUCCUACAAGGUGUUGUCAUUGGUAGAAGUCUUUGUGCAUUGUUUGGACAUCAAUCCUGUUUUUAUGACUAUCAUUGUGAUACUGAUGCAGUUGAAGAUGACAAUUUUGCAAACCAAGAUGAUAGAGAGCUGGUGCAUGAUGAAAUAGAAAAAAGUUGCUGUGCACUCUUUCAUAUAAGGGAGAAUACUGAGUCCAUUGCAGAAGGCACUAAUCCUAAAAACAGUUGUACUUUACCAGUUGAUGAUGAUGUAGACUCAUCAUCAAUGUUUUUAAAGAGAAAAAAUGUUGGCUUUGAAAAUGUUUCUUCACGAGCAAAGAAGAAAGCUGGUCUAGCUUUGAUUCAGAAUAAAAAACCCAGAGGAAAGAAAGUUAAGACAGACGAAAGUCCAAAAAUGAGGAGAGGAAAUAAAGGAGCCAACAGUAAAAUUUGUCCAGCAGACAGUUCCCAAUGCUUUCAAAAUGCAGAGCAAUUUUCAAAUAAAAAAGAGUGCAGUGAAUGUGGUGCUUCUUUCAAAAACGAUAGAGGGUUGCAUCACCACAUAGCUAUGAAGCAUAGAGGAAUUUCUGCAGAUGUAAAGAAAAGAUCAAACCUCUCUUGCAAAGAGUGUGGCAAGACGUACAGCAACUAUGAAGCUCACUGCAAGAAGUGGCAUUCUGAAAAAUCGACUGUCUUCUGUAGAUUGUGUUCAAAGCCCUUCAAGAGCUGGACAGGAAGAACACUGCAUAUGCGCGUUGUUCACAAAGUGGAAAAACCCCAGGAGUGCGAGGUAUGUGGUGAGAGGUUCUCCUGCCAUAGAGAGUAUCAGCACCACAAAGCCCACCACCACAUGCACAAGUCCGUCUGCCACAUCUGUGGCAAGAAGUUUAAAUUCAAAAAUGCUCUGAAACUACAUCUGGAUGCUCAUGCUGGCAUCAAGCGCCACUUCUGUGAGGUUUGUGGAAAAGGUUUUGUUCGGAUUACAACUUUGUGCUCCCAUAGGGCUGUAGUGCAUCCAACUAAUAAAGAGAAGUAUUUCCAGUGUGACAAGUGUCCUGAGACAUUCUCCACCAAAUGGGUUUUAAACAAGCAUCUCCUCAGCAAACAUGCAUGUGGUACACUGUUAAAAAGCAUAGAGAAAAACUGCCUGCCUGUUUCAGAUGAUUCAAACUGCCAAGCAUGCAAGGAUGCUGUGGUGGGUUCAUCUCAAUGCCCAGCACAUUCCAAACAGGGAAAUUUUGUGUGUAAAGUCUGUAACAUGUCCUACAGUUCUGUUAUUCAGUAUCUUCAGCACAUGAAGCAGAAUCAUGAAGACAAAAUAUUCCAAUGCCAGAGCUGCGGAAAGACCUUCUCUUCGCUUCAGUAUUUAAAAGCUCAUAUGAAGCAGCACCAAGAACCUCGAUUUGCUUGUGACGUUUGUGGUAAAAAGUUCACGUACAAGUGCAAUCUAAAUGCACACCGCAGCUCCCAUUAUUCUGAGAAGCCAUUCCAGUGCAAUGUUUGUAUGAAGUCCUUUAGAUUGAAGUUUCUUCUGAAAUGCCAUAUGAGAUGCCACAACCAAGAGUUACAGUACAUUUGUCCAAUUUGUGGCAAGGGUUUUACACGACAGCAAAAUGUGAAAAGACACAUUCAUCAGAUGCACUCUGAUCAAGAAGCAGUUUAACAUUCCACAAGAUUUUAGAUGAUCACUGUCAGAUAAUAUAUCACAUUUCUGUUCUUACCAAAGCUCUUAAUGACUUUGGAUCUCUUUUUCUCUCACUUCUGUGUUGUUUUUUGUGGUCAUGUGACUGUGUGUGCCUAGCAAUGUUUUGAUGCUGUAUUAAAAACAUCAGCA